AUGGCAAGCAGAGAUGUCGAUGCUAUUGGGAGGGCGACAAAGUAUGCCAGAAUGCAGGACGAUACGACAGACGCUGGCGAGAGACCCAACCGCGACAAGCUCGCUGAACUGGCGAAAUCAUUCGCAAGGCUGUUCCCUCGUCGAGUGAAGAAAGAAUGUCAAUACUGCUGCGAGAACAAACCGAUGAAAGUCUUCGCAGUCGCCAUGACGGUCCCGCACGGCUGUCGUGGACAUCUUCGUCAGGUCUGCAAGACCUGUCUGCGGGCCUCGCUCAGCGCUCAGCUCGAUAGCAAACCGCUUCUGGAGGUUGGAUGUCCGUCCUGUUCGACGCCGUGGGAUAGUGAGGAUCUGAGGGUCUUGCUGGGGCAUAAGGAUAAGAAGCGGUUCAAGGAGCUUGAUCUCCUGGCCAAGGCUCAGGGUCUUGUUCCAAGUGAGCUACCGGAGGCUGUUACGUUGGACGAGAUGCUGGUUCGAGGUGAGUGA